AUGGAGCCGCCUGCCUGGACGGGAGCAGUUCUUAUAUUUUGGUUGAUUCGUUCGUCGGCCAUGGACGGGUGCGGCUGCAGGCAAUCGGAGCUAAAGUGCCAGUCUCAAGACGGUAACGCUUCCGGCACUGUACGUCGCCAGGACUUGCCAGCCAGCCUGUCAGUAAUCAGCCACCUCACGCUACUGUCAGCCGGCCAGCCUGUCAGUCAUCAGCCACCUCUCACUGCUGUCAGCCAGCCAGCCAGCCUGUCAGUCAUCAGCCACCUCACACUGCUGUCAGCCAGCCUGUCAGUCAUCAGCCACCUCACGCUACUGUCAGCCAGCCAGCCUGUCAGUCAUCAGCCACCUCACACUGCUGUCAGCCAGCCAGCCUGUCAGUCAUCAGCCACCUCAUGCUACUGUCAGCCAGCCAGCCAGCCUGUCAGUCAUCUGCCACCUCACGCUGCUGUCAGCCAGCCAGACAGCCUGUCAGUCAUCAGCCACCUCAUGCUACUGUCAGCCAGCCAGCCUGCCAGUCAUCAGCCACCUCACGCUGCUGUCAGCCAGCCAGCCUGUCAGUCAUCAGCCACCUCACGCUGCUGUCAGCCAGCCAGACAGCCUGUCAGUCAUCAGCCACCUCAUGCUACUGUAGCCAGCCAGCCUGUCAGUCAUCAGCCACCUCACGCUGCUGUCAGCCAGCCAGCCUGUCAGUCAUCAGCCACCUCACACUACUCUCAGCCAGCCAGCCAGCCUGUCAGUCAUCAGCCACCUCAUGCUACUUUCAGCCAGCCAGCCUGCCAUCUAUCAGUCACCUCUUAUUGCUGUCAGCCAUCCAGCCUGCUAGUUAUCAGCCACCUCACGCUGCUGUCAGCCAGCCUGUCAGCCAGUCAUCAGCCACCUCACGCUGCUGUCAGCCAGUCAGCCAGCCAGUUAUCAGCCACUUCACGCUGCUGUCAGCCAGCCAGCCAGCCAGUCAUCAGCCACCUCACGCUGCUGUCAGCCAGCCAGCCUGUCAGUCAUCAGCCACCUCACACUGCUGUCAGCCAGCCAGCCUGUCAGUCAUCAGCCACUUCAGGCUCCAGUCAGCCAGUCGUGCGAGGCGGAGCUAAGCUUGUACUGCUCAAUGCGCAUCGUGACUUUAAGCCGUACGAUUAUACGACGCCCAUAUAA